CUUGGCCAUUUAUGUUCUGGCGGUGUUUUAGAGGUGGACAUCGUCUGUCAUAUUCAGGCCACGUCUCCAUGCCUCCACCCUCAUCACAUCAGAGAAGCCCUGCAGAUGAUCACUGAACAGGGUUGUGACUAUGUGUUUUCGGUGGUUCGCAGACACCAGUUUCGCUGGGAGGAGGUGGACAAGAAAGACUGUAAGAAUCCGACAUCUCUGAACAUUGACGUGGCGCACAGGCCUCGACGACAAGAUUGGCCUGGGGAACUCUACGAAAACGGCUCUUUCUAUUUUAGUACGAGAACGGCUUUGGAAAACGGCCUUAAACAGUUGGGCAAGAUCGCCUACUAUGAAAUGCUGCCUGAGUACAGCGUUGAUAUCGACGUGGACAUCGACUGGCCUGUCGCUGAGCAGAGAGUUCUGAGGUUUGGCUACUUUGGCCGAGAGGAGAACGCAGCGGUCAGGCUGUUUCUGUGUAAAGUGUCUGGCUGUCAACUGGGCAACUUCUUGGAGGAGUUGGAUGUGUUACUUUCAAACUUUCCUGAGGAUGGUAACCAACUGGACCUCAUCUACACACGCUAUUGCUCCACUGACAACACUUUAGUUACUCCACUGCACACCUCAGACCACUUCCUCAUCACUUCUAACCUCACACUAACUCCUGACACAGCACACACUCCUCUGCAGGUGUUCCUCAUAUCCAAUGUGAAUGAGCCACUGUCCAAGGGUCUCCUGGAGAAGGUUGCCCAGUUGACUGGCUGUGGACUCCAGUUUGGAGAGCAGCAGAAUGGGUUUGAGAUGGAGCAGCUGAUGAAGGAGAAGAAACUGUGUUGGGAUGAAGUGGCCUUCAUGGGUUCCGAGUCUGAAGACAGAGAGAUCUUGUCUCAGGUGGGGCUGAACGGCGUCCCGUGUGACUCAGUCGUGGCAGAUCUCAUCGCGGCGAAAUACACGUGUCAGAGACCUGCCGGAAACGGAGCAGUUCGUGAGUUUGCCGAGUACAUACUGAUGCUGAAGAAAAAGAGCUUGUUGCAGGUGCUCCAGGAGCACAUUGACAGGGCCAAUUUCUAGAUUCCAGUUCCUAUUUCAUAUUUCUUUUAAACGGUCAGUUUGGGUUGCUGUGAUCACAUGACAUUGAAUCUAACUUAAGUUAAU